AUGAAAGCACCACCAUCCCGGGAGAACAAUACGACCGAUGCCUUUGCGAAAGGCCUCUCGUUGCCCGAUUUGCUCGACUCGUAUUGGAAAUCUCCUUGGAGGGCACGUCACUACCGAACGCUACCUGGAAUGGAGUGUAUCUCUGUGAAGAGUAUACUACCUUUACUCUAUUCGUUUGAGAUCACUACCACUGAGGUCAUCACCGAUUACGUCACUGAAUGUCCCGAAAAGCACUCAAGCACGACAACUGUCACUGCUGCUGCACCUGUAACCACGCAAGGAGGUGUGGGUAUUGUAGAAUCCGCUCCUGCCUUGAUUACCUCGACUAUUUACAUCCCUCGAACGGAAACAGUCACUGCAUGCCCACUUUCUGCCACCAUCUGCCUCGCCAUCCAGCAAACAAUAUACGUCACGACCAAGACCAUCAUCGCCCACACGACAACGUAUCCUCUACCCUCUACAAGCACUACGACUACAGCUCAGAGUCUACAGGAUUUCGUAAGUCCACAGAAGUCUGAUUCAGCUCAACGUGCUACGUCCCAGGUUGCGCUGCAGGGCAGCAUGAGCACAGGAGCUCGUCACAGUACCACGUUAUCUCAAGACGGCUCAUUCACAUCGCAGCUUCCAACGAGGACCUCAGCCUCCGGCAAUUGGAAACCUUCUCUCACGGAAAGUGUCGUCGCCAUCUUCUUCAAUGGAAGUUCUUUCGACACAGUAUCAUGUACUACCCUUCUGGCUUUCAUAAUGGCUUGUGCUGUUUCACUGUGGUGGCCGGCGAGUACGUGA